UCGCUAGUAACAGAUGUGGCAAACAUGUGGACACCGGAGUCAUAGCAUCUGAUUUACAAAGAAUGUACAGUGUAGACUAUGGUCGAAGAAAAAGAAAUGCUUUUAGGAUUCAGGUAGAAAAAGUAUUUAGCAUAAUUACUAGUGAGAAAGAACAUAAGGAUCUAACAGAAUUAGAAGAUGAGCAUCUGGCAAAAAGAGCAAGACAAGGUGAAGAGGAUAAUGAGUAUACUGAAAGCUAUUCAGAUGAUGAUUCAAAUAUGGAAGAUUACCCAGAUCCACAGUCAGCAAAUCAUAUGAACACUUCCCUGCUCUCCUUAUAUCGGAAAGGAAAUCCUGAUUCUGUCUCCAGUACCCCUGAGAUGGAGCAAAGAGAAACUGCUGUUUCAGUACCACCGAUAACUUCCCAAACAGGCUCCAUUGCUUCGAAGACCCCUGCCAGAGGUUCUGAAGGAGGAUGGUUUAUUGACAAAACUCCAGGUGGAAAGAAAGACAGUUUUUUCUUGGACCUGUCAGAUGAGAAAAGUGAUCAUAAGAAGCCAAUAUCUGAGAUAGAGGAUUCAAAAGAGUCUUCUCUUCUGGAGAGUAAUAAAAAAAGGAAAGGCAGUUUAAAGAGCAAAGGAAACAAAAGGAAGAAAGAAGAUCUGCGGGAAGUGGAUGGAGAAAUAGAAGCUGUCCUGCAAGAGAAAGCUAAAGCCAGGGGCCUAGAAUUCCAGAUCUCCAGCGUGAAGUUUGAAGAUGUCGGAGGCAAUGAUACAACAUUAAAGGUUAUUCGCAUUCAGAAUUUCACCUCCAUUUUCAUUGGACCAACACAAAAAGAUGACAUUCUUCAGGAAGUUAGUCAUUUUAAAAACGAACUUGACCUUCCAAUUCUGAAAGUAGCUGCUACAGAAAUUGUAUCUGGAGUAUCUGGAGAAUCGGAACAGAAGCUGAGAGAACUGUUUGAACAAGCUGUGUCAAAUGCACCCUGUAUCCUUUUUAUUGAUGAAAUUGAUGCUAUAACCCCCAAAAGAGAAGUUGCUUCAAAAGAUAUGGAACGAAGAAUUGUAGCCCAGCUCCUAACNNUCUUACUAGAUCUGAAUAACGUGGCUGCUACAGCUCGGGUCCUAGUCAUUGGAGCUACUAACCGGCCAGACUCCUUAGACCCUGCAUUGAGACGUGCGGGAAGGUUCGACCGGGAAAUAUGUCUCGGUAUCCCAGAUGAAGCAUCCAGGGAAAGAAUACUUCAGACUUUGUGCAGAAAACUGAGACUUCCUGAAACGUUUCAUUUUCGGCACUUGGCACAUCUAACGCCAGGCUUUGUAGGUGCUGACCUGAUGGCACUCUGCCGAGAGGCGGCCAUGUGUGCGGUGCAUAGGGUCUUAAUGAAGCUCCAGGAGCAGCGGGGGAAACAUCCUGAGACUGAAGGCCUGCCGUCGGAAGGAGGCCAGAAAGAAAGGGUUGGAGCUGAGCCCACUUCUAAAACACAGGGGCUUUCUUUACAGGAUGAAUUGCAAAGUCUGCUGAAGUUGCUAAGGAACCAAGAUCCCCUCUCAGAGGAGCAGCUGCAAGAGCUGUGCAUUGAAUUGAAUGAUUUCAUUGUUGCUCUAUCCUCAGUCCAACCCUCUGCCAAAAGAGAAGGCUUUGUCACUGUCCCUAAUGUGACAUGGGCAGAUAUUGGUGCCCUGGAAGAUAUUAGAGAGGAACUCACCAUGGCAAUAUUGGCACCAGUACGUAACCCAGAUCAGUUCCAAGCUCUUGGAUUGAUGAGUCCAGCUGGCAUCCUCCUGGCUGGUCCUCCAGGCUGUGGGAAAACUCUGCUGGCGAAGGCUGUUGCAAAUGAGUCUGGCCUAAAUUUUAUAUCUGUCAAGGGCCCCGAAUUACUAAAUAUGUACGUUGGUGAAAGCGAGCGUGCUGUGCGACAGGUUUUUCAGCGAGCCAAGAACUCAGCGCCCUGUGUCAUCUUCUUCGAUGAAGUGGAUGCUUUAUGCCCUCGAAGAUCAGACCGAGAGACAGGGGCAAGUGUCCGGGUGGUGAAUCAGCUACUUACAGAGAUGGAUGGUCUAGAAACACGUCAGCAGGUUUUUAUUAUGGCAGCCACUAACAGGCCAGGUCAGGAAUCCAGGAAGCACGUGUCCAGGUGUUUCAUCUCUGAUCCACAUGCCACCAGCUGGAGUGGCUGGGCCAGAGGACCCCCUUCCAAGGGGGCUUCUUUACUCACAUCCGGGUCCCAGGAGACCAGUGUGGAAGAUACCAUUCUGCCUAAAGGAAAGGCCCUGGACAGGCAAACUCGGUUGGUCAGGGCAGUGACAGGAAGGCCAGCUUCAGAAGAAGAGGAAAAUGGCACCAAACCCCCGCUGGAUGCAGAUGUGAAUCUGGAAGCAAUCGCUGGUGACCUUCGCUGUGACUGCUAUUCGGGAGCAGACCUUUCUGCUUUGGUGCGGGAAGCCUCUCUCUGUGCCCUGAGACAAGAAAUGGCAAGGCAGAAGAGUGGGAAUGAAAAAGGUGAACUCAAGAUUGGUCAGAAGCAUUUUGAAGAAGCUUUCAAGAAAGUAAAAUCAUCUAUAUCAAAAAAGGACCAAGUGAUGUAUGAAGCUCUGAAACAGGCCCUCAGCCAGUGAUGUCUCCAGUGACAGGCCUUGCGGAUCCACUGCACGGAGCUGCCCACUUUCAGCUUGAUACACAUGUGGUCUCAUGUAAGCAUUUUAUUCUCAAAUUAUUGAGGCCAAGUAGGAGCUGAAGAUUUCUUGCCAUCUGGCCAACCUUGUCUGGAAACACCCUACCUCCUCUUUAAGAAAAACAAACAGAUUUAAACUGCAAAAUAAAAUAACUGAUACUUUUUUAAAUAAAAUGUUUAUAUUGAAACAAACCAUGACUGUACUAUGGAAAAGUUGCAUUGCAGUAAAAAGAACUUUUUUCCCCCAAACCAUCUGAGAGUAAGUUGCCAACCUGAUGCCCCUU